CCUCAUCGAAGAAGGACAGGGGCGAGGAAGGAAAACGAACAAAAAUGCUGUAAACUUAUGUUAAGUCGUGCUGAAUUGUAGUAAACAGUAAACUUUCCCAAGUAAACAGUACCUUUCCCGUUGGAGUUAAUAGUACAAGCUCAUAGAAAGGGUAACAUAUUUGGAGGCACAGCUGGGAGUUAUUUACAUGUGAGCACCGGCCCAUAUUCUUUGAACGGACAACGAGUGAGAGACGUUUGAGAGUAACUAGCUAGCUAACGUUAGCGGGCUAACCACGCAACGGAUUUCUAGCUAUCUUGCCAUUGCCUCCAUUGUCUUUGUUUCCACGUGAGUAGGAAAAUAUGAAUCGAGAAAGGGAAACGUUGUUGGAUGAAAUCGAACAGAGUUUAUGGACUUUAACUGAGGACAACUUACGGCACCUGUGUGUACGUUGUGGAAUAGGAGGUGUAGAUGACUCUGAAGUGAAAGGAAAGAGCCGUCGCGCAUUGCGGCGCAAACUGAUUCAAGAUUACUGUGAGAAGGAGGAUUUAAUGGAAUCAGAGGACGAGGGAAUGUUUUGUCUGUUACAACUGAAAGACGAAAUAAAAGUAAUAUCGGACUCGGAGGAUGCUGCAAAACUUCUGCCUACAAGUCCUAGCCAGUCGGCACCAACGACGCAAUUGGACAGCGAACCCAGCGGAGAGACAGGAGCUGCGGCAGGACGAAAAGAGGAGGUAGGGGCUCCUCAGUCCAGCAGAAAGUUCACAGGCAUGCUGCCUGUGCUCCCUCUUGAUGUCCUGGAGGAGAUGCUCCUAAAUGUCCCUCCACAGCAGGUGGUGUGUGUCUGUCGAGUUGUGUGUCGUGAGUGGAAAGAAGUGGUGGACAGUGAUUCUCUUUGGAGAGAGAGGUGCCGAAGAGAAGGAUACCAGACAUAUGUGACUAAACUACCUAAAGACUGGCGUUUGUUUUACUUCUUGUGUAAGAAGAGACGUAAUCUUCUCAAGAACCCCAGAGCAGAUGAUAAAUUCAAGGGCUGGCAAAUUAUUGAGAAUGGAGGGGAUAAAUGGAAAAUAGAGUCAGUGGAAGAAGUGCCGCUUCCUGACAACACGGUCCAAAAAUACUUUGCGACUUCUUACUUGACCUGCAGGAAGUCUCAGCUGAUUGACUUGGAGAAAGAGGGUUACAGGCCUUCUUUCAUGGAUGACUUUCAACCCGACAUCAUUAUAUCCGACUGGUAUGCUCCACGGAGGGAAUGUGGCGCUAAAUAUGAGAUCUGUGUUGAUUUGCUAAAUCAUAAGAAGCAGCCAAUUAAGAAGUUUAGUCCAGGAACUGUCAUCUUUCAAAACUGGGAUGAUCAUAAAUGGAAUCAGAUGACUCAUGUGUUCAAGAAUUAUGGACCAGGUGUGCGGUACAUCCGAUUCAUUCAUGGAGGAAAGGAUACUCUGUACUGGGCCGGCUGGUAUGGUAUUCGGGUCACCAACAGUAGCAUCGAGAUCUGCCCAUCGGUGGACAGAUAGCUUUCGGUGUUCCCAUUUACUCUCCCAAGAGUUGACAUGUGAAUAUUGUGCCCACCUGCAAGCUUUACUUUAGCAUCUGAAACGUACCUUAGCAUAGUGUACACCUUGUUCUGUCUUUUCUGCCUUUGGCACCCUGUUUCCAUGUGGAUAUAGAUGAUUCUAGCUAUAGAAUAUAGACUUUUUUAUAUAUUAAUAUUCAUUUUCCCCUAGUCUGAUUUAGUGCCUGUUUUUGUCCACUCUGUUCUAGUGAGUCCUUGUGGACACUGUAGAGAGAAACAGAAGACAAGAACGUGUUCCUCAGUCUUAUCUUUCAGUGAUGCGGUUAGAAUAUUUUGUAGCUUAAACCGUAAGAAGGAUAUAGCCACAUUUGUAGGAAGAAAACAGAAACCACUGUUUAUUACAACCACAUCUAGCUGCUGUCGUCAAGGCAAAGGGCUACUUUGAAGAAUCUCCAAAUAUAUUUUGGUUUUAUACUUUUUUUUGGUAAUUACAUGAUUCCAUAUGUUAUUUCAUAGUUUUGAUGUCUUUACUAUUAUUCUACAAUGCAGAAAAUAAAGAAACCCUGGAAUGAGGUGUCACCUUUUGACUGGUAAUGUACAGUUGAAGACGGAAGUUUACAUACACUUAUGUUGGAGUCAUUAAAACUCGUUAAAAAAAAUAUAUAUAUAUAUAUAUAUUUUACCCCCCUUUUUCUCCCCAAUUUGUAGUAGUUACUGUCCUGUCUCAUCGCUGCAACUCCCGUACGGACUCGGGAGAGGCGAAGGUCGAGAGCCAUGCUUCCUCCGAAACACAACCAAGCCGCACUGCUUCUUGACACAGCGCACAUCCAACCCGGAAGCCAUCCACACCAAUGUGUCGGAGGAAACACAGUACACCUAGCGACCUGGUCAGCGUUCACUGCGCCCGGGCCGCCACAGGAGUCGUUAGUGCGCGAUGAGACAAGGAUAUCCCUGCCGGCCUAACCCGGACGACGCUGGGCCAAUUGUGCGCCGCCCCAUGGCCUCCCGGUCGCGGCCGGCUGCGACAGAGCCUGGGCUCGAACCCAGAAUCUCUGGUGGCACAGCUAGCACUGCGAUCCAGUGCCUUAGACCACUGCGCCACCCGGGAGGCCCUAAAACUCGUUUUUCAACCACUCCACACAUUUCUUGAUAACAAACUAUAGUUUUGGCAAGUCGGUUAGGACAUCUACUUUGUGCAUGACGCAGAUAAUUUCCCCAACAAUUAUUUACAGACAGAUUAUUUAACUUUAUAAUUCACUGUAUCACAAUUCCAGUGGGUCAGAAGUUUACAUGCACUAAGUUGACUGCCUUUAAACAGCUUGGAAAGUUACAGAAAAUGUCAUGGCUUUAGAAGCUUCUGGUAGGCUAAUUGACAUCAUUUGAGUCAAUUGGAGGUGUACCUGUGGAUGUAUUUCAAGGCCUACCUUCAAACUCAGUGCCUCUUUGCUUGACAUCAAGGGAAAAUGAAAAGAAAUCAGCCAAGACCUUAGAAAAACAAUUGUAGACCUCUGGUUCAUCCUUGGGAGCAAUUUCCAAAUGCCUGAAGGUACCAUGUUCAUCUGUAAGUAUAAAAAUCAUGGGACCACGCAGCCAUCAUACCGCUCAUGAAGGUGAUGUGUUCUGUCUCCUAGAGCUGAAUGUACUUUGGUGCGAAAAGUGCAAAUCAAUCCCAGAACAACAGCAAAGGACCUUGUGAAGAUGCUGUAGGAAACAGGUACAAAAGUAUCUUUAUCCAUUGUAAAACGAGUCCUAUAUCGACAUAACCCGAAAGGCCGCUCAGCAAGGAAGAAGCCACUGCUCCAAAACCGCCAUAAAAAAGCCAGACUAUGGUUUGCAACUGCACAUGGGGACAAAGAUUGUACUUUUUGGUGAAAUGUUCUCUGGUCUGAUGAAACAAAAAUAGAACUGUUUGGCCAUAAUGACCAUCGUUAUGUUUGGAUGAAAAAGGGGGACGCUUGCAAGCCGAAGAACACCAUCCCAACCGUGAAGAACAGAGGUAGCAGCAUCAUGUUGUGGGGGUGCUUUGCUGCUGGAGGGACUGGUGCACUUCACAAAAUGGAUGGCACCAUGAGGAAGGAAAAUUAUGUGGAUAUAUUGAAGCAACAUCUCAAGACAUCAGUCAGGAAGGUAAAGCUUGGUCGCAAAUGGGUCUUCCAAAUGGACAAUGACCCCAAGCAUACUUCCAAAGUUGUGGCAAAAUGGCUUAAGGACAACAAAGUCAGGGUUUUGGAGUGGACAUCACAAAGCCCUGACCUCAAUCCUAUAGAAAAUGUGGGCAGAACUGAAAAAGCGUGCGCGCGCUAGGAGGCCUACAAACCUGACUCCGUUACACCAGCUCUGUCAGGAGGGAUGGGCCAAAAUUCACCCAACUUAUUGUGGGAAGGUUGUGGAAGGCCACCCCAAGUUAAACAAUUAAGGCAGUGCUACCAAAUACUGUGUAAACUUCUGACCCACUGGGAAUGUGAUGAAAUAAAUAAAAGCUGAAAUCGUUCUCUGACAUUUCAAAUUCUUAAAAGAAAGUGGUGAUCCUAACUGACCUACGACAGGGAAUUUUCACUAGGAUUAAAUUUCAGGGAUUGUGAAAAACUUGUUAAAUGUAUUUGGCUAAGGUGUAGGUAAACUUCUGACUUCAACUGUAGGUGAAUUAGACAAUGAUUUCAUUUUUAUUAAAAAGACUGCUUGGAGGCUUUAAACAAGACAGAUCAAAGGAGAGAAAGCAAAGUGAACUUGAAUAUACAUUUGUAUGUACAUAAACAUCUGACCCACUUUGACAAAUGACACCUUAAGAAACGUAGUUGAACACUUUUGUAAACAUUUUAUUUCUUAACACAAGAAUGUAAUUGUUAACAUGUACAGUAUAUAUUGAGGAUACACAGAACAUGGUGCACUACCUUACUAUAUGUAUGAAGAUCAUUAAUUAUUUCAAGUGUUGGUAUAACUGUUUGUAAAACUAAUACAUUUGAAUUCUAUAAUAUAGGCUAAUUUGGUUGUAUUGCUAUCCUGUUGAAAUUGCCUCUUGAAUAUUAAAUAAAUGUAAGUGUACUGUGCUUGUUUCUUCAA